AAAAGGUAAGGAUGUAUGUGUCAAGAUUUAAAUAUAAGGGAUACUUUUGCAAUAUAUACAUUUUUGCCCAACAAAAUCUCAACUUACCAGCACACAGAAAGGAUUUUUCAGGGUAAACCUCUGCACUCUCCGGCGCCGGCAAUUACUUUACUGAUGAUGUCAUCCGGCACCGUCCAAGUAACAGAUCAUCGGGAGAUGCUAAACGGAGACAAACUUGUAUUAAGGGGAUUAAAAUUUCAUGGGUACCAUGGGGUGAAGCCAGAAGAAAGGAAGUUGGGACAGAAAUUCUUGAUAGAUGUAGAUGCCUGGAUGGAUCUUCGAGUUGCAGGAAAUUCCGACAACUUGUCUGAUACCAUCAGUUAUACUGCCAUAUACCGCAUAGUUAAAGAGGUUGUUGAAGGAGCCUCACAAAAUCUUCUUGAAUCUGUGGCUCAACUUAUUGCGUCAACAAUCUUAAGCAACUACCACCAGGUGUCUGCUGUCCGGGUGCAAGUCGGAAAGCCUCAUGUGGCAGUGCAAGGUCCAGUGGACUAUUUGGGCGUUGAGAUCACUAGGUACCGUAGCGUUGACAUGCAAAGCUGAGGUUUCCGUGGAUCAGUGUCGUGCGUUGACAUGCAAAGCUGAGGUUUCCGUGGAUCAGUGUCGUACUUCACACUUCCAUUUGUAACUUUGAGUCAAGCUUGAUAAAUUUGUUAUACUUUUUCCUUCGGUUUCUGGGGUUGGGAUACGAUCACAUUACUGUGUAACUUAUUGAAUCUCUGGUACAUUAUUGAUGGUGGAUUAUAAUUUUAUUUCAUUGCUUUCUACCUA